AAUGUAUAAACAAAAUUUUUAUUCAUUGUUUUAAAUAAAACUAUAUUUUGUGUUAGAAAAUACAAAUCGCAUAAUAAACUAUGUCUGGAGUUGUACAAGAAUUUAUUCGAUGCUUUCUGUGUCGCAAAAAGAACUCCAGCGAUAAGUUACACAAGAGCAUAGAUGCUACACAGUGCCCGGCCUCCAAGAAAAGUGUUAGAACAGUACUUUUACAUUUGGCCCGUUUAGGUAAAUUUGAACUGCAUCUAUCUAGUGGAGAAUGGUUGUGUCGCAAGUGUUAUAUCCAAAUAGCCGAUUACGACUCGAAUCUUGUCAACGUAACUCGCAAGCAAAGGAACCUUUCAAUGAUGGUAGAAAAGGCAGCAACUAGUUUUGAAAGUGACAUCGAAGAAGAGUGCAUUCAAGAAAUGUCGAACAUGGAAGAAUUAAAUGAUGACCAUUUUUUCGAAGACGCCAAUGUUAGUGAUCAUGAAAUAUCUGAAACAAUUUUCGACGUAAUGGGUGGUAACAAUUCCCAAAAACGUAAACGGGAAAAUGACCGCCAUCAAAUAACUCAGACGGUACAUGAUGUACCGCAAGCUCUGAAUAGAGUGCAAUCUCACUUCUCUGAACAAAUUCAAUGCAAUCUGUGUGCAAUGCGUUUCAAGAGCAGAGCCCGUUUACAACGACAUGUCGUACAGGCUCAUAAAAAAUUCAGCUGUAAUGUUUGUUCGUUUAGUCAUCGCAAUGAGGACUACGUAAUGUUGCAUAUGAAUAUUCACGAAGGUAAAAACGAAAAUCAAUGUAGAUUUUGCAGCAAGGAAUUUACAACCAAAAUCAGCACUAUACGUCACAUGGAAGUUCACUUGAAUACGAAGAAAUAUCAAUGUGACAAAUGCGGUUUAUGUUUCUCCCAAACGACUGUCCUAUACAAUCAUAAACUGCAACAUGAAGCCGAAGAAAAGCCACUACGUUGCGAAAUAUGCAAUCAAAUAUUCAAGACGAAAAGGACAUUUCGUCAUCAUAUGGUCACACAUAGAGCAGACCGUCCCCGUUACAGCUGUGAAUUUUGUGCUAAAACCUUCACGGAGAAAUACACAUUAAAGGUACAUAAACGAACUCAUCCAGAGGCAGGAAUUCAUGCAGCUCCUGCAGAUAUAGAAUAUCAACAACAGCAGCAGCAGCAGGAAAAUCAUUAUCAAGUUGACACAGAGCAUCAUCAGUCGUAUGAUGGAAAUCAAGUAGACUACCUUCAAACGAAUAUGCAGCCAACAAAUUCGCAAACAAUUACUACCACACCAGCAAUACCCAAAUUCAGUUGCAUUAUCUGUGACCAACCAUUUUCGACAAAAGAUCACCUCAACAAGCAUAUGGAAAAGGAGCACGAUGUAAUAUUAAAGUCAUUGACAAUUGCCAACUUUUCGCAAUAUGAAGUUGUGACGAAUGAGCCACGCAAGCCCUGUCAAAUUUGUGGUCAAAUAUUUAGUGUUCAACAUAACUUGGAAUAUCAUCUAGAGCAUGUCCAUGGUGUGGCAUUUAAAUAAUUUCAAAUUGGUGUUAUUCAAACUAAUUUACAUUUGUAUGUGGAUUAUUGAAAGAUUCUAUUGGCAUUAUUAAUCGGAAUAUGAUGCAUAUUAUUUUAAAUUAUAAUUUUAUUUUUAAAUAUUUAUCUCUAAGUGUAAUUUUAUUGCAAUUAAGUAUUUACAUACAUUUAAAAAUGUAUUAAUUAGACUUAUAAAAUAAAAAUGAAUAAUUAUA